AUGGGGCGAAUGGAUCCGCUGUUUCGUUUUGACGCGGAUGACGAUAAUGAGGAUGGAGGGGAGGUGGCGGCGUGGGAUUUCAAGGGCGCGGGGAAGACUCUUGCGGAGGAGUUUAAGGAGCGAAAAACGACGUCCGUUGAUACCAAGAUUGAGAUGAUCCGACGGCGGAGAGCGAUGGGGCUUGGGAGCACGAAGAGAGGGAGAGAAGAGGAGGACGAGGAGGAGGAGGAUGAAGAGGAGGAGGAAGAGGAGGAGGAUGAGGAGGAGGAUGAGGAGGAGGAUGUGGAGGAGGAAGAGGAAGAGGAGGAGGAAGAGGCAGAGGAAGAGGUAGACGAAGCGGGGGAGGAGCAGGAAGAGGACGAGGAAGACGAAGAGGAGAUGGAAGAGGAGGAAGGAGAGGAAGAGGAAGAAGAGGAUGAGGAGGAGGAAGAUGAGGAGGAAGAGGAAGACGAAGCGGAAGAAGAAGAGGAAGAGGAGGAAAAUGAGGAAGAGGAAGAGGCGAGUCACAAGAAGACUAAAAAGGAGCAGCCCAAAAUAAAAGAAAUCGAAAAGGCACCCAAGGCAAAAGCCAGGCGAGAGAAGGAAGGAGCAGGAAAGGGUGAAGGCAGGGAAGGGGGGGGCGGAGGGGGAGGCGGGGGGGUGUAUUUCGAGGGGGCGGAGGAGGCAGGGGCGCGGUUCUCUGCGUCGUCCUUCUCAGAACUGCAGCUGUCGCGGCCGUUGCUGCGUGCGUGUGCUGCUCUGGGUUACGACAAGCCCACGCCCAUUCAAGCCGCGUGCGUGCCGCUCGCCAUGGCUGGGAGAGACAUCUGUGGCAGCGCCAUCACUGGGUCUGGAAAGGUGGGUGUGUUGGGGGGUGUUGCUCUCGUGUUGUGCCUGUAUUGCGUCGCUGCUGCGUGCGUGUGCUGCGCUGGGACCGCAGCCUUUGCUCUGCCCAUCUUGGAGCGUCUGCUAUUUCGCCCCAAGCGCGUGGCAGCUACACGCGUGCUCGUGCUCACCCCAACCAGAGAGCUGGCUGUGCAAGUGCACAGCAUGGUGGAGAAGCUAGCGCAAUUCACUGACAUCCGCUGUGGGCUCGUGGUGGGGGGGCUAUCUAUAAAGAACCAGGAGGUGGCUCUGCGGUCAAGGCCUGACAUCGUGGUCGCGACUCCAGGCAGGUGGGAACCUGGUGGGGAGCUGGGAAGCGUACUCUUUAGGUGUCUCAAGGCUUACUCGCUGUGGGCUCGUGGUGAAGGAGAGGCGAGCGAGGAAGGAGGAGGGGGACAUGUGUUUAUCUGGGGCGGAUUGAGAUGUGAUGGGGGCCAAAUGGGGGCCUGUGACGGGUUGCAUGUCCUCUGUGACAAGUUGCAUGUCCUCUGUGAUGGGGAUGUUGAGAACCGGGAAGUGGCUGGCUCUAUUCUGCACAACAACCAGAGGAAGAGUCUGGACCUCAACAACCUUGCCUUGCUUUCGUGCUCUCAAGUUCUUACUCCUGUUGGGCCUUCCUGCUCCCACCAAUCUCUUUCUCGUCCCCCCUCCAGGCUGGUGGAUCAUCUACACAACAGCCAGAGCGUUGACUUGAACGACCUGGCCAUUCUGGUGCUGGAUGAGGCAGACAGGCUGCUGCAGCUGGGUCUCUAUCAUAGGUCAGAGUCGACUUUUGAGUCGACUCAAAAGUCUCCUCCUCCCCCCUCGCAGGUGCGAGUGUGUCCCAAGCGCCGCCAGACUCUCCUUUUCUCGGCCACCAUGAGUGGGGAGGUGCAGCAGCUUGCCAGCCUGUCCCUCAACCUGCCCGUGCGGCUGUCUGCUGAUGCUUCCAUGCAGCGACCCCGCACACUGGAAGAGGAAGUGGUUCGGGUGCGAUCGUCUCAAGAGCCCGACCGAGAGGCCAUGCUGCUCGCUGUGUGCUCCAGGCUCGCCCAAACCGCAGGCGCAGGCUCGGAAGGAGGGACGGAUGGUGGUUCGGAAGGAAGAGAGGCAGGAGAUUCAGGAAGAGGGGAGAAGCGGAGUAAAGCACAGGGGGGAGGUGGAGUGAUCGUCUUCAGCGGCCGCAAGGUAGAGGCGCAUCGGCUGAAGAUUAUAUUCGGUCUGCUCGGAUGGCGGGCGGCGGAACUACACGGGAACCUUACCCAGGCCAUGCGACUGGAUGGUUUGGACAUUGCUGGAGUGCAAACAGUCAUCAACUACCACACACCCCGUGAAAUCACCAAUGGGGAGGACAGCAUGGGCAGGGCAGGGAAGCUAGGGCUUACACACCCUUCCCCUAACAUACUCAUCCCCUCCUGCCUUCUCCAACCCCUCCUCCCCCGCCUUCCCGUCUCCUCCCCUGUGCUCCCCAGCUACGUGCACCGAGUGGGGCGGACAGCACGGGCAGGCAAGCUGGGAUCGUCAGUGACCUUCGUGGGGGAGAAGGACCGAAGGCUGCUGAAAGCGAUGACGAGGCGAGCAGGCAGGAAGCUGAAGCAGCGACAGAUAGCGCAAGUGGCUGUGGAGCGGUGGAGGCAGCAAGUGGAGGGCAUGGAGAGGGAUACAAAGCGAGCAGGCAGGAAGCUGAAGCAGCGGCAGAUAGCCCAAGCGGCUGUGGAGCGGUGGAGGCAGCGAGUGGAGGGCAUGGAGAGGGAUGUAGCGGCUGUUAUGAAGCAGGAGAGGGAGGAACGGGUGCUGCGAAAGGCAGAGAUGGAAGCAGUCAAGGCUGAGAACAUGCUGACUCAUCGCGAUGAGAUAUUCGCCAAGCCCAAGCGCACGUGGUUCCAGAGCAAGAGGGAGAAGGAGGCAGUGGCAGAGGCGGCUAAGGCUGUGGCUGACGCUGAGGCAGAGGGCGGGGAGGGCGGCAGUGGGAAAGGGGGAGGGAAGGGAGGAGGGAAGGUGCUUUCACUGGAGGAGGUGCAGGAGAAGAGGAGGAAGGAGAAGCUGAAGAAGCAGCGAGAGAAAUCCCUCCCAAGAAAGAAACGCAGAAAGCUAGAGGCAGAGAGGCAGGCGCAAGAGGAGGAGGCAGAAGCACAGGAGUUCGGGUUGGAUGAAGCAUCUGAUGGCAAACCCAAGGCUGGAGGAAAGACAAGAGCCGAUCUGGCUUACCGCAAGGCCAAGGCAAUCAAAUCCGCAGAGCGGCUCCGGGCAGCUGGGAAGAUUGUCAGCCUGCCCAAGGCGGGCGGCCGGGCAGCUGGGAAGAAACCGAAGCAGAAAACGCCGUCCCGGUCCCGAGAGAUGAAGGAUCUGUUUCAGACGGAUAUGGCCAAGGGGAAAGGAGGGGGAGGGGCUGGGGGGGAAGUGAAGGGGAGGGGGAAGGCUGGGGGGACUUUCAAGAGCAAGAAGCGGUGA